UGCGAGCAGCUGAGCGCCGGGCCCGCUGUCUGCCUGCGGGAGGGCGGGCGGCUCUCGGGCCGCUCCGCGCCGUGUGAUCGCUGUGCGGGGACGCACAUCCAUCACUUUCCAUCACUUUUACCCGAGCGAGAAGGCAGAAGUUUUGGGCGCCUUAUUGCAGAUAAGGGGUAAAGGAGAAAACAAGCAAAGCCGCAGAACAGCAGAGCGAAAAGGGAAAAGAGUGCUUUGCUUUCGUCUGCGGUUGUAAGAGCUGUAGAAACACCAGCCUCGCCCUCCUCUCUUUGCUGAAGAAACAGAAGGCGGCACGCCUAGUUUUUGCUAAUAUGCUGCCGUCCUGCUUGUGACUGUCCUGCCUUCCCUGCCUCCUUGCAUUCAUAUAGAGAAUUUACAAAUGGAAAGCGCUGUUACAAGAAAACUUCUGCCAACUUGCAGGGGAAAAGCAGCAAUGGGAGAUAUGAAGCACCGUGCCCCGUGAUACUUAUUGUGCUGCUGCUUACCGUUGGAGGAUGGCUGCUCUACUCUGUGAGAAUUGCUCUAGCCGGUACCACCAGCCCCAGCUCAACCAGCCGCUGGAGAUCAGCUGCAUGCUGCUUCUGGUCAUGUUUGGAAAAGUGUGCCUGGAUUUCUUCAUGCUGCAAGUUAAGCACAAGAAAGUGAAAGUUAGUUUUAUGGGAUAUUUUUGUCUCUCUCUGGCACUUGUUGAUUUCAUACUGUUGCUGAAUAUUGCUGUCAUCCUCUACUUCGAGGACUUUGCACUCUGGGGUGUCAGAUUUACCAAGUACCACAUCUGCCUGUUUACUCAGAUCAUUUCUCUUACUUACGGUACUUUGCAUUACCCGGUGUAUCUCGUGGCAGGUCUGGAUUAUUACAUGACUAUAACCCAAACCUCUCAAUUCCCCCAAAGAGGUCAAAGAUUAUUUUACAUUUUUGUUGUGGUUUUUAUAUGGAUCUCAGUUUUUUUUUGUAUUCUGAAAGUUCCUGCCAUCUAUGAAGAACUAGAAAUUCGGAACCAUUUCUCUCCUUAUCAGUGUCCCCUCUACAUCAGCGUGCAGAGCUACUCGGUCUCAGUUGCCAUGCUGGUUCUCAUAGGCAUGGCCCUCGUGGUUUGCUGGAAGGAAAUGAUCACCAUGCUGCUGUCCAUGAGGGUAGCCUCCUUUGCCAGCCAGCCCGUCCUGAUGUUCUCCUAUGUGUCAGACAACAACAGCACUUGUUUCAAGCGGCAGCUUCUGACCAGACUCCUCAUCUGUUUUCUUGGUACUUGGGCACCUUUUGUUCUUCUCCAGUUUAUCAUCUUGUUUCUUGGUGCUUGGAUUCCAGCCUACAUGGAGAUGAACGUCCCUUGGCUGUACUUCAUCAACAGCUUUCUUAUUGCAGUAGCAUACUGGUGUCGAUGUCACGAUGUGGAAUUGACAGAGGAGAUGUGGUCUACAGAUCCAUUUGUCAGCUGGAAAUUCUGCUUUAUGCCAUUUAACAAUGAAAACACAGAGACAGCUGAAAAGCCAGGCACAGUAAUUGUAAUCUGUUAACGAGAUGCUGACUGAAAGGACUGCUAUGGCUGUGUGUACUUUGAUGUUCUGUGACACGUCCUUACAGAUAAUACAAGGAAGCAUCUCCAGAUCUACAAUCCACGGGGAGAAAAUCCAACAUUCAUGAGUACAGUAAGGAAUAGUGCACCAGAAUGCGGGACACUGCACACUUCUACACUGGGCUUUAUUUCCAUUUCAGAGUAUUUAAGAGAAGACCACUAUUUACAUAAAAUAGGUUCUUAGUUAAAGCUGGUGUUUAUUACUACAAUUUUACAAUUGUUUUAAAUUGAAUGAUCUCAGGUUUUACAGUAUAAAAUACAUCAGCCCUUAAUAGGCUGAAGCUUUUUAUUAUCAGUUACAUUGAGGUGACCUACUGUCAAGUUCAAACUGCUGUGGUUUUCGUCGUCGUUUUUUUGAAGUGUAUUUUCUUGUUAAACAUUUUGUUAGUUUAAGUUUUUUAGCAUGGUUAAUGAGGAAUACGUUGUUUUAGUUAUUUCUGUAGGAGGUAUAGCUUUAAACUUUGUUUAUGGAAACUUCUGCAAGAUGUAUGCUGUCACAACUACGAGAAAGGCAGUGUUUCAUUAUUUCCUUGUUACUGUUCCUCUAAGGUAUGUAAAUGCACAUUAAAAACUAUUUAAUUACAGUCACAGCAAUAAGAGCUUUAAUGCAAAACAAAUACAAACAUGUUUAAUAUGAGCAGUUGGACUAGACCCCCUAUGCUAAGCAGAUGCAUCUACUCUUAGAAGGUGACGUGAGUACAUGCCAAAGGGUAAAGGAUGGGUUGGACUAGAAUAGAAUCUACGUUGGAGCCAAAAGCACACUGACAUUAAAGUAGUUAAAUUUGCUAAAGUGUGCCUACUGCAGUAAGGGAAAGCCUGUUCAGACUUCCAAACUAUUUCAUUAGUUUUCAAGUUCUUACAGCUUCAGGAAGCUCUUAAAUUUACAGGGGAUAGAUAAAUAAGUGAUCCACAACCCAAGCAGACAAAUGGAAGUAGUAUUUAUUUCUGAAGCACUGAACUCACAGUACAAUAUUGUACUGAAGUAGAAACUAUAUAAGUAAAUUAUGUUGUAGGUUGGUUAAUCAUUCACUCAGAUUCACAGGGAACAAUGGUAUCACACAAGAAUACUAAAGAAAAAUCUGCAGAUAACCAAAGGUGCAAUUACAAGCAAAUUUAAGCAGCAUAAUAUAAGGUGCUUUGUUUCAGCAUUUGUAUAAUCAGUUUAAACAUUAACAGACAGAUUAAAGAAAUCUCACUUCUA